GGGGGGGUCUUCCCCUUACUAUAUGUUGUAGUCCUGGAGAUCUGUUUAAUUUGUUGUGUUACCCGGUGAUCUCACUUGCUUGUUAUACUACCACCACCAGCAUCUCGACUCCGUAAGUGGAUGCAGAACCUCCCUUGGAUGCAUCCCGUCUGCAGGGAGGUCCGCGUCUAUUGCUGCGGACAUGCUCCACUGGGCUGGAGCAGCGGCGUUGCUUGGGAGUUGGGAAACGGUUCCCGGAGUUCAUCCAAUGCCAGGAACCAGGGGCAGGAAAUGUAUCAGAUUGAGAUGAUGACGCUUAUGUUGAUGGUUGCUGAUAACGGGUGUUGUUGGGUGUUGCAAUCUAGAUGUGGCCGCCAUCUGCACGCCACGCCCAUUCCAUUUGCAUUUGGAGAUGAAGAAACCGCGCAUGCAAGGGUUGUCCACGUCCCUGAUCCCGAGCAUCCUGAGGCAACGGACCACCUUUUCGCUGCUGCAGGAGAGAGUAAGUCCAGGAAGUGUAAAGCGCCUAAGUUUGGUGGUGGCGCACGUGUCAUGCACAGUUGCUUCUUCCCAUUCCCUGCAAAUUCCCUAACUAUUUUUCCUCCCUUUUAG